AUGGUGAAUAAAUAUACAGCAUGUGCUGGAAAGUGCAAGGUGAGAUGCUUAAAGGCAACAUCGCAAGAAGAUUGCCUGAAGUAUUUCAACUUAUGUUGCGAUAAGUGUAACUAUUGUGUUCCAUCAGGUACUUUUGAAAAUAGAGACGAAUAUCCUUGCUACCGCGAUUUGAAAAACUCCAAAGGCGAAUCAAAGUGUCCCUAA